AUUCGUGUUUUGAUCCUCUAGCAGUGAACGUCGUGAAAUUUGUGACCGUCUCGUUUUUUCUCUCCUUUUCGUAUUCGUUUCUACUAAUAUGUCGUUGACGGUAUUGUUGUUAUUCCAAUAAGGAAGACUGGGAACAAAUCGCAUAUUGUCGCGAAUGUGUGUUUGUACGUUUUUGUAGUUGCGAAACCGAAAUAAUUUUAUUUCCACGUUGAACAAAAAUACUACGAAAAUACGUGAAAGUGGAUGAGAAGUAAGACACGGAAAACGAGUGCAGAUUGUGAAACUUUUUGUAUUGAACUUUGUUGUUUACGCACUGCAGCACUUGUGACAAAGGAGGCGUUAAUUUAUCUACCUUAUAAGCUGCAGAUGUGUUAGUGUGAACGGGCUACUUAAUAUGCAAGACUAUGUCAUCGAUAAAGUACAAAGUUAGCCAUUGAUUUUUUCAUGCACAUGAAUUGCUUAGAAUAAGCAAUCAGCUGUAAACGAUUUAGCAAAGGUGAAAAAGUAUUGAAUUGAGCUUGAGUAUGAACAACAAGUAAACUGCUGCAACAGAACAUACCAAGUGACCUUAUGGCUUAAAGGCGAAGCAUAAAGUGAUAAAUAAACACAUUCUAUUAAAAACGCACUUGCCUUGAAAGUCACUUCGGAUCGUCGUCUUUUGAACAAGUGAAUCUUGAUUCUAGCUGCAGAAGUGUUUGUGUAACAUAAAGAAGAAAACAAACAAGUGGCCGACCAAGUAUAUUGAUAAAUUCUGGGCUUCACACAGUCAUCAGCAAUAACUAGGGAAUCACGCAAAAAAUGCGAAACAACACCAAUAGCAACAACAUGGAAUCGUCAUUCUACGAAGAUAGCAACGGGCAAUAUGUUCCGGUCACAACGCAAGCACAAACCAGCGCCGGAAACAGCCUAAAACGGCCGGCAACAUUGGAACUGAAUGCCAGCAAAAGCCGAAAAGCGCGCUUCAAUGCCUCGGUGACAGCGCCACCAGUGAUAACAUCUCCAGACCUGCAAGUGCUCAAACUCGUCUCACCGGAACUGGAAAAAAUAAUCAUCAACAGUGCCGCUUUGCCAACGCCAACGCCUAGCAGCAUACUCUACCCAACAAAGGCUACCACCGAACAGGAACAAUUUGCCAAAGGCUUCGACGAAGCUCUCCUCUCCAUGCGCGAAAAAGAUAACAUUAAUAAGAUGAACAAUAAUAAUAACAACAACAAAAGCAUCAACAACAACGCAUCCACGACAAUCGCCGCGAUAUCGGCCAUAUCUACCGCGACUACCACCACUCACAACACGAUGAGUGGAGGUGACAUCACCUACACCGAUCUUGAUACUUACCCAGGAGUGAUCAAAGAAGAACCACAAAUUGUGCCACAAUCGUCCCCUAUGAGCCCGAUCGAUAUGGAGAACCAGGAACGCAUCAAGCUGGAACGCAAAAGGCUACGUAACCGAGUGGCCGCUUCCAAGUGCCGCAAACGGAAGCUCGAGCGAAUCUCCAAGCUUGAAGAUAAAGUUAAGGACCUUAAGACCCAGAACAACGAACUACACAGCAUAGUGUUCAACCUUAAGCAGCAUGUCAUCCAGCUAAAGCAACAAGUCGUUGAUCACGCCAACUCCGGAUGUACCAUUACGUUGACCGGAAAGUUUUAGAGAUCGUCACGUGAUGAACUCUCAUUCACAUCAGUUACCCAAGCUGUAGUCGCAAGCGGCACAAAUCUUCACUUUGCCCGUAUUUAACAUAAAGACUAGACAAUAUUUCCACCAUCGCUAAAAAAUGUUCAAAGAUCACGGUUCAGCAACAAACAAGUAUGACGGCACAAGCACAGACAAACAGAUGUAACACUUAGAACAUUUUUUUUUUAAACCAUUGCCCAGUUCAUCAGCAUCAUCUGGGGAUCAUGUUGAACGAAAUACUGUUUUAAACAACAAUACCUGCAGACUGCACUAGUGCGAAACGUUGAACACGAUGUUAGCGAAGUGCGUGACUCUGGUGGUGAGAUUUGAAGCAAGCUCUUGAUGUUUUCGAACACCGGGUGCUAAGGACGAUCUUCGGCGGCGUGCAGAGAAACGCUGUGUGGUGGCGAAGGUUGAACCACGAGCUCGCUCAACUCUACGGCCAACCCAGUAUCCUGAAGGUGUCUAAAGUUGGAAGGAUACGCUGGGCAGACCAUGUUGCAAGAAUGCCGUACAACAGCCCUUUAAAUAUGGUGUUCUCUUCAACUCCCAUCGGAACAAUACGGCGUGGGGCGCAGCGAACUAGGCGAAUUGACCAGAUGCACCUGGACCUGGAGAGCAUGAGUCGCAGUCGAGGAUGGAAAUAGGCGGCCCAUGAACCGAAUGAAUUGGCGAAAUAUUGUUGGCAAGGUUUUAUCAAGCGAAUUGAAGUAGAACCAAUUAAUAAAAUAAAAUAAACGUCUGUUUGUCUGUGGCGCAAGUGUAAAAUUAAAAGAAAAGGAAAACGAGGCGCGCUGGUAGGAAGAUUGAAACGAUCGUUCAAAGUUUUCAAAGGUCGAUUCAGAUACAAACUAGUGUUUGUUUUGUGCAUGCUGCAAAUACUGCUAAUACGCGUCGACCGAAGCUGAUUUUAACAAGGAACUAUUUAUUUUUACCCAAUUUUCUCUUAACGCCUAUUCCUCAUUAUGUGUAUUUCCCCCAUUAGAAUAAGGAAAGCUUCAGAUUACUUUUCAAGCAAGUGUGCUGCUUAAACUACGAUUUAAAAAAACAACAGAAAUGCCUUAUAAGAUGAAGAAACGAGAGAGAGUAGUAGUUUACCAUUUAGUAAUGUACGCCAUAGAUGUAGGUUGACAAAAACGCUUAGAAUUUUUAGUUUUAGCCGAGACGCGUUAUCAAUCCCACAAAAUAAGGAUAUUCUAGUCGUCGAUUGAUGUUCGCAAGCAAUGAAAUUGUGAGCGUUUUUAUCUUAUUUUAAUGUCCAUUUUGUUUGAGCAAUUGCAAAUGAAUCCAUUGUGUCAUAUUACACCGGCCUCAUAGAGCAUGCCGCAUUCAAUGAGAGUUCAUUUUUCCCCAUUCGAGAUUUGGAAUGCGGUAUGACGAUGAGGAUAAAUUAUUUCGUUUUAGUUAUAUUUGACGAGGACUUUUAAGUUUUUCAGAUCAGCGUAGUUAUAUUUUUAUUUAAAAUGUAUUUUAUUUUAACUCACUGCUAUAAAACAAACAUGUUUUCACAAAUUACAUAGUAAUAGAUGUACAUAAUUAAAAUGAUAUUUACAAUAAAUUUUGUUCUGCCACAUUUCGGCAAUGUGUAA